GCAAGCCAGCUGACGAUAAGACUCUUUCCUAUACCUCCUUGCACAUUAAUAACGACAACUCGAGCUCAAGGAACCUCUGGAUAGCGUUCACGAGCCUUCCUCAUCCCUGUUCCACCCAUCCCCUUGACACUUUGCAUUUCCCAUCUCCCACAAUGGCCUCCACCACCGCCGCCGUCGCCAGCGACAAGAAGUACGAGCUGCCGGACAACGCGAUCGUGCUCCCCCCGACCGCGCAGCUCCAGGCACUCCUCACGCUCAUCCGUGAUGAGAACACUCACCGUGGAGACUUUGUCUUCUACUCUGACCGCAUCAUCCGCCUGCUCGUCGAAGAAGGCAAGUGCCUGAACCACCUCCCCGUCGUCCCCAAGACGGUGCGCACGCCCGUCGGCCUGGACUUCAACGGUGUCGGCUUCGAGGGCAGGAUCUGCGGCGUGUCGAUUAUGCGGGCUGGCGAGUCCAUGGAGGCGGGCCUUCGUGACUGCUGUCGCUCAGUGAGGAUUGGCAAGAUUCUUAUCCAGCGUGAUGAGGAGACCUGCCUUCCCAAGCUCUUCUAUGCCAAGCUCCCCGAGGACAUUGCGGAGCGCUUCGUCCUCCUCCUCGACCCCAUGCUUGCCACUGGCGGCUCAUGCAUCAAGGCCAUCGAGGUCCUCCUCUCGCACGGCGUCAAGGAGGAGAAGAUCCUCUUCCUCAACCUGAUUGCCUCCCCACUAGGCACCGACACGGUGUGCAAACGCUUCCCCAAGCUCCGCAUGAUCACCGCCUGGGUCGACGAGGGCCUCGACUCGCACAGCUACAUUGUCCCCGGCCUCGGCGACUUUGGAGACCGCUACUUCCUCUAAACAGAGUCAUGAUUCCUAUAGGAUUGGGCAUGCGAGAGUGUUGUGGUGGUGGUGGUGUGGUGUGGUGGUGCAGGUGGUCGACCUUGGCAGUCGAGGUGCCACAGAUCUUCAAUUCCCGGGUAUUGCCGGGCGUGUGGACCCUGGGUGUCUUUUCAGUGACGCAGUUGUGUGUGGGCGGUGGUGGGUGGUGGAUUGUGCUGGCGGCGCGGCGCGCGCGCCUGUGUGACUCGGCUGCCCUGGCUGGCUGCUCACCUGACCCGCCCACUUGUGAUUUCGGCAGGACUGAUGGUUUCCUCCCGCGUUUUGCCUUGCAGAUGCUCCAGCGCCGCCCACCCACCCCCUCCCACUCUCUCCACUACAUCUCUCCCUCUUCCUCUUCCUCGCUUCCACUCCACCCACUUCAUCGUCUCUUUACACAACAGUAAAAACAAAACCGCUCGACAAUGUACGGCGCUCCUCGUUCUGGAAACUGCUUCAACUGUGGCCAGCGUGCGUAGGGUGUUGUCGUCGUGUUUUGCGGCGGCGGUGGUUGUUGUUGUCGUUGUGUAGUGUGUUCUAUGGGUGGCGGAGGAAGGAUUCUGGUCCACUCUGCUACCCACCAGACACCACUGGGGCUCGACGUGCUGGGCUUGACUUUCUUGCCCAUUCACUCGACGCCCUCUCCUGCUCGAAGUUGCGGUGUUCUGUGUACGUGGGUGCGGUGCGAGCGAGCGCGAAGGCGUGGAGCGAGCUAUUAGCCUCUCGUACAUAGUCACACAAUCUGCAUCGUCCCCUUUUCCCUCGGGCCGGGCACAGCGAGUGUACGCCCUGGUGUUGUUGGGUGCUGGUGACGCAAGUCGCCAGCCGCAACAGCUCCAGGUGACGAACGCGCAGCUUGACCCGCCGGGGUUGGGGUUGCGGAUCAUGCAAUGCCACUUUCCUCUUGCUCCCCAGCCAUCAUCAUGGUAUAGCCCAAGCCCAACUUUUUUUUUUUGUUGUGUCCAAGCACACUCUCGGCAAGACAACCGCCUCCGCAGCCGCUAUCGCCUCCCGUCCUCCACCUACCACCUCACGAUUACUAACCUCGCUAGCCGGUCACAUUGCCCAGGUCUGCCCUGACGCCGGUGUCCCCACCUGCUACUCGUGCGGCCAGUCGGGCCACCUCUCGCGCGAGUGCCCCCAGCCCAAGCCCAAGGCGUGCUACACCUGCGGCCAGGAGGGCCACCUCUCGUCGGCGUGCCCCCAGGGCCCCGCUGCGGGCGGCUUUGGCGGCCCCACCGGCGGCGAGUGCUACCGCUGCGGCAAGCCCGGCCACAUUGCCCGUCUCUGCCCCGAGUCGGGUGACGCCCAGGCCGGCGGCUUUGGCGGCGGCUACGGCGGCCAGCAGGGCGGCUUUGGCGGUGCCGGCGGCGGCUUUGGAAACAAGUCGUGCUACACCUGCGGCGGUGUCGGCCACAUCUCGCGCGACUGCCCCUCGGGCGGUGGCGGCGGUGGCCGUGGCGGCUUCGGCGGUGCCGGCGGCUUUGGCGGCUCGCGCAAGUGCUACAACUGUGGCCAGGACGGCCACAUCUCGCGCGACUGCCCCCAGGAGCAGGGCCGUACUGUGAGUGGAGUUGGACAGCCGAAGACGACCCAACUGACUCACUUCCCAGUGCUACCAGUGCGGUCAGG